AUGGCCUCUCAAUUGCCCACGUUUCCAAGAGUUGUUUUCACGGUCAUUGAGCCAAUCUCACUGAUUGCCGGGGCCGUGGCACCCUUCAUAUCCCCGGACUGGUUCAUCGAGGAGCAGAUCUCGGCCGCGGCGCCCAUUGCGCACACGGAUAACUCCCGCCUCGUCGCGCUGCAGCUGGGCAAUGCCUACGGCCUUCUCUUCCUGCUGGGCGUAGCAGUCCUGUACACGACCACCGAGCUCAAAGUCGUCAGAAACUACCUUGUGGCCCUCUGGCUGGCCGAUCUGAGCCAUAUUGGCGUCACGGUCUACCUGAUGGGCCUCGAGAGUUUCCUAGCUGUCGGCGACUGGAAUGCCAUGACGUGGGGCAACAUUGGAGCGACGGCGUUUCUUUGCCUGACUAGGUCGGCAUAUUUUCUCGGGCUAUUUGGAGGGUCGACACAUGUUCGAGAGGCGACGAAGAAGUUACAGUAG